AUAGGAAUAGUUUCCGUUAAAGCAAAACAUUGUCUCCGUGUCCGACAGAGACAGGACUAGUAACCUGAAUUUAAGAGACAACGGGACAAAAGGGAAAACCCGUCUGGUCGCACCGGCGACAAGCAAACCACAGAAAGCCGCGAUGGUACCGGAGAUUAGCAGGUUGACAUUCAAAAUGAAAGCCAAAGUUAGUUAGUUAUAACUCCAGAUUGUGCGCAGUGAUAGUGGUUGUGUCAUUUUAUUAAGAAAAUGUGAUUUUAUUUCUCUGUUUUUCGUUUGGGUUUCCUCAGUAUGGAUUCAAACCCCGGAGGUACGAGCAUCAAAACAAGGAAUAAGCUAGCCCGUCCUGUUCAAACAGAGUUGUUCCAGAGGUUGCCGGAUUGGGACAAGGGCCCAUAGCAUCCACAGCCGGUCCUCUGAUCCUGCUGGUUCAGCCCUGAGACGCCAUGGCUGACCGUGAAGACCCCAAGAAGGUGAAUGGCAGUGCCAGCCACUCAUCCCAUCUUUUGGAGCCACCCAAAGAGAGCAUGCAGCUCAAGAAGGAGAUCUCGCUGCUCAACGGAGUCAGCCUGAUCGUGGGAAACAUGAUCGGCUCUGGCAUCUUUGUCUCCCCCAAGGGCGUGCUAAUCUACAGCGCUUCUUACGGGCUGUCACUCAUCAUCUGGGUCAUUGGGGGCCUGUUCUCUGUGGUGGGGGCCCUCUGCUACGCUGAGCUGGGCACCACCAUCACCAAAUCAGGGGCAUCUUAUGCAUACAUCCUGGAGUCAUUCGGUGGCUUUAUUGCAUUUAUUCGUCUGUGGACAUCUUUGUUGAUAAUUGAGCCCACCAGCCAGGCGGUCAUAGCCAUUACAUUUGCAAACUACCUGGUGCAGCCGCUCUUUCCAACAUGCGAACCACCAUAUGUUGCAGCUAGGCUCAUCGCUGCAGCGUGUAUAUGCUUGCUGACAUUCAUCAACUCUGCCUAUGUAAAGUGGGGCACCCGUGUGCAGGACAUUUUCACCUAUGCUAAGGUGGCAGCCCUCAUUGUCAUCAUCGCUACUGGCAUCAUCAAGAUCUGCCAGGGUUACACAACCAACUUUGAAUCAUCGUUUCAGGGAUCAUCUAAAGAUCCUGGUGACAUUGCACUGGCACUUUACUCUGCCCUCUUCUCUUACUCCGGCUGGGACACACUAAACUUUGUUACUGAGGAGAUCAAAAACCCAGAAAGGAACCUGCCGCUGGCCAUCGCCAUUUCUAUGCCCAUUGUCACCAUCAUCUACAUCCUCACCAAUGUGGCCUACUACGCUGUUCUGGAUGUUAGUGCAAUACUGGCCAGCGAUGCAGUGGCAGUGACAUUUGCAGAUCAUACUCUUGGUGUGAUGAGCUGGACCAUCCCCAUUGCUGUGGCUCUGUCUUGCUACGGAGGCCUCAAUGCCUCCAUUAUCGCUGCAUCCAGGUUGUUCUUUGUGGGCUCCCGUGAAGGUCACCUUCCAGACGCUCUGUCCAUGAUCCACAUACAGAGAUUCACUCCGAUCCCUGCUUUGAUCUUCAAUUGCGUCAUGUCACUGAUCUACCUGACAGUGGAGGACGUCUUCCAACUCAUCAACUACUACAGCUUUAGCUACUGGUUCUUCAUGGGUCUGUCCAUUGCGGGCCAGAUCUACCUUCGCUGGAAAGAGCCCGACAGAUCCAGACCUCUGAAGUUGACUUUAUUGUACCCGGUGGUGUUCUGCCUGUGUGCUGUUUUCCUGGUGGCAGUGCCUCUCUACAGCGACACAGUCAACUCUCUGAUUGGCAUUGGCAUUGCCCUAUCAGGCAUUCCUGUCUACUUCCUGGGUGUGUACUUACCAGAGUCCAAACGACCACCUGUCAUCACCAAGCUACUGCGUUCUCUGACUUACCUCACCCAGUACACCUGCUUCUGCGUACUGACAGAGAUGGACAAGAGCGAAUAGCGACCAUUUCAAAUACACUUCAAAACUUUACCCAGCAGUGUUUGCAUCCUCAAGCGGACAGUCACCCGGGGACCAGGCAAGACAUUCUGUUGUGAAAUCUCUUUUUCUUUUUUUUUGUACUGUACACCAUGCUGAAACUCUCAGACUUCACUGACUUGUUUACAUACACUGGAAAUGCUGCCACCGAUGCACAUGUUCACUUGCAGAUUUAUCUUAGAAUUCCAGGACAUUCCAGGAUUUCAACCUUAACUAGCAACAGUACUGUUGUACAACAGUUUUCCUUCAUCACUCUAUUUAAUGACCUUAAGUAUAACUUACCUUCUUAAUUUACAUGUAUUUGUGUAAAUGCCUUUUGAAUAGUAUGUGCCUGUUUGAAUUUACAGGUGCUGUGUUCAUGACCACAGAAACCUUAUAAUGAUGCAAGUAAAUUUUAUUAUAUGAAUUGAAGUCACUGUAACUGAAAGAUAUUAUGAGCAAUAUGUGUGAAUGGGAAGAAGGGAAGAAAGUAUUGUUUGCUGCUAUGUGAAGACUCAUCGUCCUAACGUCAUUGCCUUUAUGUCAUUUUGUUUUUUGUUUGUUCUUUGCAUUUAAACUGAAACAGAACACUUGCCUUUUUCCUAGCAUUGUAGGAAGCUGGAGACUUCCUCUUCUUUGUAUUAGCUUUAAACAGUGGAGCACUAACUCAGUUUACUUGAAUUCUUUACAGUUCCCCAUGUGCAGUAUUCAAGACAUCAACAGACAUAGGUAAAAAACAGCAUUUUAGUCAUCCAUCUUUAAGUCUUGAAGUCCAGUUCUACCUCCUCUGUUUUCAAUGGUCUCCAGUAAACUAUGCUUCAAACACACUUUAUCUCAGAAUCUAUAUUUCACCUUACAUGGCACCUCAAGAUUUUAGUGGGAAGUGAGGAUUUCUUGUGGAGUAAUGCACGUGUAAUUGCUACAUCCCUAACAUUUGUUAAAUUCAACAAUGAGACAACUUUGUUUCCAGCAGUACCAGGAAACAAACAGAUGGAGAAUUCAAUCAGACUUGUCUGCCUUUCAGCCCUUCCUGUCACCUGCUGCAUGUUUGGCUUAUAAUGCCAUCUGCUUCUGACAGGUUAGGAUGGCAGAGCUUCUCCUAAAUCCUGGAUGAGAGAGUAGAACAUUUCCAAGAUGAUUUUGAGAUUUUACUCCAAAGCCUAAAACAAGACACUUCAUGCAUCCCUUCAAACAUGUCAGACCAGUUGAGAGCGAUUUUCUAUGCAUCUGCUGUCACUGGCCUAUCUCAGAAAAACAACACUGCAGCGCCUCAGGAAAGUAACUGAGCAAAACAGCUCAUCAGAUAACCAAGCCAAGCAAUAACCAGAGUGGUCAGUCUUAGUUCUCCCUGUUUCUCUCACUUUUUGAAAGGACAUUGUAAUGUAACAUGUACUCCUCUUCAGUUGGGGGUCACUAGGCAUACUGUUUAUACCCAGUGAUCCAUAAUCUUGUAAGUCUUCUAACUAAUUGUACAGUAAUUAAAUAAAUUCUUAAAAUGAA